CUUUAAACCUCCGCCGAUUGCCGACCGCCGCUUGAAAUUGGAACCAACGACGGCGACGAGAACCCCCCCAACUCCCCAAGACCCCAAGGCCCCAAUUACCCGAACAACCAGGUUUUUUCUCUUAAAUCUAAUUAUCUAAAUUAGAUAUUUUUAUUUUAUUUGUAAAUUGUGAUAAUUUAAAUUAAUUUUUAUAAAUUUGUUAUUCUAAAUAGCAAAAUAUAGAAUUGAAUUCGUUUAUUUAUUUUGUAAGAUUUUGAUUUGUGAUUUGUGAAUAUGUUAAUAUAAUUAGGGUAUGUACUUAAGUUUAUAAUGUUUUUAAUCGUAAUUCGGCGUUCUUAUCUGAAAAAGGGUCCUUUCCAAUCUAAAGCUCAUAAGUUUCCUGUUACAGUAAUGUCAGAUUAUAAUCGUAACUUUCGUCCAGCUUGGUUUGAUGAGUUCCCUUGGUUGGAAUAUAGCAUUGCAAAGGAUGCUGCAUAUUGUUUUCCAUGUUACUUGUUUAAAAAUAUCAGUGAUGUUGGUGGGGACCAUUUUGUGGGUAUUGGAUUCAGAGGUUGGAACAAGAAAGGUAGGUUUAGAAAACAUGAGGGUGGACCAAGUAGCCCACAUUUUAUUUCUGUUCAAAAAGCUGCAGAUUUGAUGAAUGAAAAACAAGGUAUUAGUGCUUCUCUUGUCAAACAAUCCGAUCAAGAUCUCUUAAAUGCAUUGAAACUUGUUCAAGUUGUGAAAUGGCGUUUUCAAAGCAUGAGAACAGAUGAUAUGUGGAACAAAAUCAGCAAUGAAGUCAUGGAGUUUUGUUAUAAGAAUAAUAUAUUUGUGCCUAACAUGAAUGAUCGUUAUGUGAAGCAAAAUAAGCGUGCACGGAAUGCUCCAGUUGUUACAAUUUUGCAUCAUUACAAGUUUGAUUGCUUGUUUGAGAUAAUUGAUAGAUUCGUCGAGGAGCUUGGGAGCAGGACUAUAGGAUCUUGGAACUAUGGGAAAGUUGAUGCUUCUACUUUGCUGUUACUAAAAAUUGAAAGAAGGGAAAGCUCCCCUCUUAAGACCCCACAUUCAAGGAUGGGUUUGGAGCAGAUGUACAUAUCAUGACAGAGGAUGGAUCAAUUAUUCCAGCUCAUUAGUCUUCUGAGCUUUUGAAUACACGUGGAGGACUAGGUGAACAAAUUGCCGCCUCUGGCAUUUUCGUUUGGAACCCAGCAUUGAUGUCACCCCAGCUAGUCAGAUUCGUGGCAUUAUAACCAAAAAGGGAGUGAUCAAGAAAGACUAUGGGAGGAAUGCUUUUGAUAUUGCUGGCUUUGUGCCAUAG